GGCAACGGAUCAAUAUUCGCCUUUUUGGUUGAGAACCGUCCAAGAAAAACCACUGUGAGGAAAAUUCAGAGACAAAACAGAGCGCGUCACUGGGAAAUGCAUAAGUGAACUCCCAAUAGUCCGAAAAUUUUGAAAAGUUUUCCCCCUCGGACUGACGAGAAAGGACUGAAAAAUGGAAAAAGUGCAGUGAUUUUGUGGUGAAUUUUCCUCUUUUUUUCCUCGCAGAGGAAAGUCCACAGGAGAGAGAGGACAGUUUUUCCAAAGUGAUUUCUGUGAGAAUAAAAAAUCACCUCUGCAGGUGCAAUUUGUGGCAGAGAAAAAAAGAAAAUUCCACUGCAAUUUUUGUGGGGUGAAAAUUUUUAGUUUUGUUGGAUAAGAACUGUGAUUAGUGCAAAGGAAUUAGUGCAGAUUUUGAAGAGGAAAGUGUGUUAGAAAGAGAGGAAAUUUAUCAUUUUCUUUCUUGCCAAGUUGCUCUUGUGCUGGAGAUGGGACUUCGGCUUGUGAUAUGGACAACGUUACUUUUAGCUUUCUUUGGACCAUUUUGGUUUUGGAUCCCUCACGUGAAUGCUGAAUGCCAAACACGCUCAAUUUAUUGCUACGAGUGCGACUCAUGGACUGAUCCCAGAUGCAGAGACCCCUUCAACUAUACCGCCCUGCCACGAGACCAGCCGCCCUUGAUGACAUGCAACGGGUGCUGCGUGAAAAUGGUCAGACACUCCAAGACCCCUUACGAAGUAGUCCGACGGAUGUGUACAUCUCAACUGCAGAUAAAUCUCUUUAUGGUGGAUCAUGUGUGUAUGAUGGAAAAAUCAGGCAAUGGACAUAUGUGUUUUUGCGAGGAAGAUAUGUGUAACACUUCCACUUCACUUUUCUACCCGUCUAACAAUUUACUCACAUCUCUACUGUUGAGUUUCUUACUCACCAAAAUUUUUAGUUGGUAAUCCAAAAUACCUACAGCCAAAAAAUCAACAGAAUUUUACACUCUUCAGACAUGAAAAAAAAUACCAAACUUUUACCACAGAAAAAUAUUCUCUCAGCUAGGAAACAGACGCCUAUAAAAAAUUAAUAACAUACAAGGUAUUCAUUUUGUUCAGUUUAAGAUGAUUUUAGUUAGGACAAAAACAACUGAUAAAUUUCAAUUAUUACUUUUUCAAAUAGUUUUUAAAAGAAUUUUCUGUACAAUAAUUUUUUUUAAAUUAUUAUUUUGAAUAUUUUGCAUGAUUCAACUCUCAAGCUUUUCAGUUUAAAAAUAUUUGUUGUCUCACCUCGAGAUAAUAACCAUCUUUUUGUUAUUAUUGUAUCCCCCUUCUGUAAGUAUGUUUAUUUUUCUUGUAAAAGCUUAUUUUUUCCAUAGUACUUUUGGGACUCUUUCAUAAUGCUGUAGCUUUUGUAUUUUAAAUCUUAAACUUUGCAGGGAGCUAAUAUUUCGUUUCUUGAGUGGGCUGAAUCCUUUAAAAAUUUAAGCCACGCCCAUUUUAAGGGGUACAGAAGAAAUAACGAAGUUUUAAGACUGUCAAAUUAAGAAGAAGGACUCUGUGACGCGUUAAAGCACGUUGAUAAUUUAAAUUAAAGGGAUCGAAGAACUCCUCGAUUCAAUUCUAAAUAAUCCUGGAGACUAAGAAAUAUGCUACGCCCCUACUUAUCUGAAGCCUACAAAGCCCACAGAGGAGAGAUUCGCGUUACGUUAAAGUUGCGCAAGGAUUAUAGUUGCAGAAAGCACUAAACUUACUUAGUUCUGAGUAAGCGUUACUCGAAUGAAGUAUAUACAAAAUUAAGAAGCCACAAGAGCGCGACAUUUACCUCAAUCUGGGUACCGUAGAUGCGAGUAACUUUGCACACCGGGAGUGACUUUGCACCCUUGCUUUUCGUAAGCUUUUCUUUAAUUCUAGCUUUUAAAAAGCACUUAAGUGCUUGAAUUAAAGAAAAGCUUACGAAAAGCAGAGGUGCAAAGUCACCCCCGAAUGGUACGCAGAUUGAGGUAAGUGCUGUAUCCUUGAGGCUUUGUAAUCUUUCCGCAUACUUCAUGCGACCAAAGUUUACCCGCAACUAAGUUAGUUAAGACUUUGCAUUACCCCCUGCUUUUCAUAAGCUUUUCUUUAAUUCUAACUUUUAAGUGCUCCUUAAGAACCUUAAACACUUAAGCUCCUUAAGUGCUUGAAUUAAAAAGAAGCUUACGAAAAGCAGGAUGCAAAGUCACCCGCAUCCACGAUACCUUCAUAGCCUUCAUAUAUCCUCACUAUUCUUAUUGAUAAGCGUCCAAGAAGCAUUGUUGAGGUUCGUAUGUUUUUUCAAUUAGUUUAAUUGUUUUAAUUUAACGGGAUCUUUUAAGGACAAGUCUAUAUCUGUUUAUCAGUAGUAACGAGUCCUCAAGCUUGAAGAUUACAUGGCGUUUCGCGUUGAGUUACAAUUUUAGCACUGAAACUUUUUUGUUGAAACAGUUGGAGAAGUUCAAGUAUCUCGGGGUACUGUUCACGAGUGAUGGUAGGAUAGACACAGAACUCUCAUCGCGGAUCGGUCAGGCUUGUACGGUAGUAAGGAAGCUUGGUAAAAGAAUGGUGUAAUGACCGAAAAAGUGUAAUCACAAUUGCAAGCUGUCGAGAUGAGGUACCUCCGGAUGGUUAAGGGAAUUACUCGUUCAGAGCGAAUGAGGAGCGUGCACGUUCGCGAAGGAAUAAGAGCUAAGGAGUUAUUUUUUCGAGUUCAGAGAUCACAGCUUCGAUGGUAUGAGCAUGUUCAGCGCAUGAAUGAAGAAAUAUUCCCCAAAAAAGCUAUGCAAGGCAUUGUGAGAAGGUGUUGACCUCAUGACUGAUUUAGGACAAGGUGGCUGAAUUAAUUUUAGGAUCUUGCCUUAGAACGCCUUGGGAUUGAUCGCGAACAUCUUCCUGAAAUGGCGCUGAAUAGUCAGACGUAGAGUAACCCGGGUGUUCUAACCUUGGGAAACACUGACCCUCUCUUAAUUUUCACAAUUUAGUCCCUACGACGGCGACCUUUUGAGGAUGAAUGUCCUCUUCAUCAGGUAUCGAUUAAUGAACGAAUAAAUGAAAUUGUCUUCUGUAUAUUCACAACGGUGGACCACCUCCCCUCGCCGUUAGUAUGUUAAUUGACAUCAUAGAUGUUUGUCAGAUCAGCACUGAUUUCUCAUAAGAGCGUUCCUAACGGAAACCUGUGAGUUACCCCUUCGGAAAGGGUAUCGUAGAGAGGAUUAGUAUUGAGGUUCAGUCUUGGGUUCAGUUUACGUAGGGAAUAGAUCGUUAGGAGGAACACUAAGGGUUCUAGAGAAGCCUCUGGCGGACAAGGCGCCAAGGUGCGCUAACGGAUCUUACGGUCGAGACCUUUCCAACGGUAGGUCGCACUUCUCCCUCAAAGUCCCCUGACUUGAGCUAUAGUCGAAAAUAACUUGACCGGACCAUAUUUUCGGUGCUUAUGAAGCGAUUUCGAUGUAAUUUUAGUAUAUAUUGUAUCUGAAAUCAAGAUCUUUCUAACGAUGGGUCCCAUCCUUAUCCCAAAGAUAUCUCCUAUGCUUAUGAAAUUUUUCUGCGUGACUGGACGUAGAUUUACGAGUUUCUUCCAAUCCUCACAGUAUCACUCAAAGCGGAACCCUUGUUAUUUAUUUAUAACGUAAGUACUAGGAUGGAUGUUAUCAAUAAGAAAGAAUCUUAAGUCAUUUUUUGGAGUUCAACCAAGUUUUAAACGCGUAGAAGUUAGAUUUAUGGAGCGGAGAAAAGAGGAACGAAUAAUAACUAAGUUUUAGUAACCUAGAAAUCUCACUAUGCUGCCGAUAUUGUAAUCCAAUCAACUGUGCUUGAUCAUAACAUUUAAAGGGGGCGUGGCUUAAAUUAAUAUUAGGAGGUCUGCCUAAGAAGCCAUAAGCAACUUCUCUGUAAAAGAAGAGAUUCUAAAUAAGGUUGGAGCAUUGUCAAAGUCCCAAUAUUCCGUUUAAUUAUUUUUUGUAAACUUCACAGACACUAAACUCUUCGAAUACACUGUACACUUACACCAACACUGAAAAAAGCUUCCUUUCUUAACCUCAUUUUUCUCAUUUUUAACUUAAGCUUUUGCUUUUCACACGAAUUUUCAUUUUUUUUCAUUCCAAAAAUUAGUUUUUUGUAAAAAAAAAAAACUCAUCAUUUUUUCACACACAAUAAAUACCAAUCGCUAAUGCAUUGAAAAAAAAAGAAGCGUAAAAAACCUGCGAUUGCACUUUUCAAAGUAAACUAUCCUUCUCUCUUUAAACUAAAAAAAAAACAUUUAAUAACAAUUUGAUAAGCAAAUAUUACACAUAAUUUUCUCGCAGAUUGUAAAGCAAUUCCCAAAAUCGGAACCUGUAGAUUCAUUCUCUACUUUUCCUUCUACCCACCUCAUCUGUCAUUUGUCAUUGUUGUAACUGUCAAACGUCACUGUCACUUUGACAUUUACCUGUCAAACACUGCAGUGUCAAAAUUUUUGAAUAUUCCAAAUCAAAAUGCACUCCCUUAGAAUUGAUGCCAAGCCCAAUAAUCUCACCCUGAUCUCUCUCUGUUUUAACACAAAUUAUUAACCAAGUGGACUGACGGAGAAAUGAGAAUGAACCUGUUCCAAAACCUCCCUCAAAAAAUCUGGAAUGCUUUCCACAUAUGACGCCACGGCUAUGAAAUUUUUCUCAUGAUACACUUUUAAAUAAUUUCCAACUACCGCUGUAAUUCACAUAUCAGUUGGCUCUUCAAGCGGUUUAUUGCUUAUUUCUUUUAUCAUUAGAAAGUAAUAAUUAUAAAUAUUAGACUUAAAGGAAAAAGAAAUAAUAAACAAGCUAGGAAUUCUUAUACAGAAAAAAAAAACCAACAAAAAAAUAAUAAUUAUUUCACUUAUUGACCAUUUUGUGUAUACUUCAGUUUCAUCUUUCUUCCAAUUUCUCUUCUUGCAAAAAGAAAAUCCAACAAACAAAAGGAGAUUUUAAAUAAAUUUUUGUGUAAAUUAAAUUAUGUCAAUUUGUAACAUUUUUUAGUAAGUUUAGUCAAGCGAAAAAAAAACACAAUAAUUUUUGUAAUUAGAAAAGAAAAUCCAACAAAAAGAGAAAGAAAAAAAAAACUUAAUGAACCUGCUACGGAAACACAAAAAAAAUCUGUAACAGAAAAAUUCAAAUUAUUUUGAAUUUGUUAUUAAUUAAAUUUAAAGAGAAAAAAAGUGAGGAAUACUGUAAAUUUCAGAAUAAAAUCGCUAAAUAUUCCAUAAGAAAAUAAAA